UUGUUCCACUAUGGUCAUGCGAAUGCAUUUCGUCAAAGUAAAGCUUUAGGUGAUAUUUUAGUUGUAGGAUGUCAUUCAGAUCAAGAUAUAGAAACAAACAAAGGUCCAUCAGUCUUAUCACAACCAGAUCGAAUGAAACUCAUCGAAGGUUGUAGAUGGGUAAACCAAGUGAUUCCAGAUGCACCCUACAACACCUCACUCGACUUCAUUAACCAAUACACCAUUGAUUUCGUAGCUCAUGGUGAUGAUAUCACCACAGACUCUAAUGGAUUAGAUACAUAUCGAUAUGUAAAAGAAGCAGGAAUAUAUUUAGAGUUUAAACGUACUUUAGGUGUUUCUACUACUGAUGCUAUCAGUCGAAUCUUA